AUGGCGAUCUCUAUACCAAAAUCAGGUUAUGCACGUUUUUUAAAAGAAGGAGCACAGCAUUUCAAAGGCGUAGAAGAAGCGGUGCAACGUAAUAUUGAAGCAUGUGUCGAACUAGCAUUACAAGUUCGUUCUGCCUAUGGGCCAAGUGGGAUGAACAAGAUGAUUAUAAACCAUAUUGAAAAGCUGUUUGUGACUAACGAUGCAGCAACUAUCCUUAAAGAAUUAGAGGUCCAGCAUCCAGCUGCGCGCAUGAUUGUUUUAGCAUGUCAGAUGCAAGAGAAACAGAUUGGAGAUGGAACUAAUACUGUAGUUAUAUUUGCUGCUGCCUUAUUGGAGCAAGCUUCAAUGUUACUGAACAUGGGUCUACAUCCCACAGAAAUUGCGUCUGGUUAUGAGAAAGCGAGGGAUAUGACUUUAGAGAUACUUCCUACUUUGGUUGUAAAAGAGGCAACUGACUUACGAGAUGAGAAGGCGGUGCAACAGUAUCUGCGGUCUGCAAUAAUGUCGAAACAGUAUGGAAAUGAUGAAUUUAUUGCUGAAUUGGUUGCUAAGGCUUGCGUUCAAACGGUCCCUAAAAACUCGUUUAAUUUCAAUGUUGAUAAUAUUCGAGUCUGUAAAAUUAUCGGAUCAGGAGUUCAAGCAUCACGCACUAUGAAUGGUAUGGUUUUUCGGCGGGGAGCUGAGGGGGAGGUAAAAAAAGUGGAAAAUGCCUCAGUUGCUGUUUAUGCCUGCCCCUUUGAUUUGACUCAGACGGAGACAAAGGGCACGGUGCUGAUGGAAACUGCUGAUGAGCUUUUAAAGUUUAGUGCAGGAGAGGAAAAAGAAGUUGAAGCUCAAGUGAAGGCUUUAGCUGAUGCAGGCGUUACUGUUGUUGUUGCUGCUGGUAAAUUUGGUGAUCUUUAUGUGCAUUUCCUUAAUAAGUUCAAGAUCAUGGGUGUUCGGCUGACCUCUAAAUUCGAUCUUAGGCGUCUUUGCAGAGCUACUGGUGCACAAGCUCAAGCUCGCAUAUGUGCCCCUUCUCCGAAUUCCUUGGGCGUUUGUGACCGAGUAUUUGUGGAAGAAAUUGGUGAUACUGAAGUAUGCGUCUUUGACAAAUAUAGUGAACGCGGAGCAAUAGCCACCAUAAUUGUUCGUGGCUCCAGUCAGUCCGGGAUGGACGAUGUUGAAAGGGCCAUUGACGAUGCUGUAAACGCCUAUAAAGCUCUUACUAAGGAUUGCAAGCUAGUUGCUGGUGCUGGUGCUGUUGAAAUUGAGCUUGCGAAACAGUUGGAAUCUGCAGGUGAAAAAUGUGCAGGGCUUGAGCAAUAUGCUAUUAAAGAAUUUGUUCACGCUUUGGAAGCUCUCCCCAAACAGCUUGCUGAGAAUGCUGGAAUGAAACCUGCUGAAGUACUUUCGAAAUUGUAUGCUGCACACGAAGAGGGAUUACAAAACGCAGGUAUUGAUAUUAGUGGUGGGCUUGGUAUAUUUGAUUCUGUUGAACACAACAUAUAUGACGUUUAUUCCGGGAAACGGUCAGCUAUUAGGCUAGCUACAGAUGCUGCUGUUACAGUUCUGAAAGUUGACCAGAUAAUAAUGUCGAAGCCAGCUACUGGAGGUCCCAAACCACGAGGGCCUAAACCACAAGAUGAAGAUGAGGACGGUAUGGCUUGA